AUGAGUGGGAGGAGUUUCACCAGUUGCAUCACAAUGAGACUGUUUUCAACUUCUAGUCGAGUAAUGAGAAUCAGUAGAAAAGAAUUGAUGGAUAAAGCAAGACUACUCAAAGAGUUUCGUCAAUUUCUUGGUCCUAGAAGUAUAACUGGUGAUUAUCAUAAAAAUAAAUACUAUUAUCCACCACAAGAUAAUAAACCAAACUAUAUUGUCAAUGAUGGGAAAUCAGUUGUGGGCGAAAGCCCCAAAUUGGGUCAAUCAAGAAUGAGAAAUUUUGAUGAACCAGGAAGAAAUCCUCAUUUGCAUCCAUUCCCUCAUAAUAUUUACACCAAAACAGCAUAUAUAAUACCAGAACAUUUAAAACUUCAGAUUGUUGAAGAUGAACAAGUUAAUGGCUUACAUCCACAAGAAAUUGCUCAUAAGUAUGGAAUAAAUUUACAAAGAGUUGAAGCUAUAUUAAAGCUCAGUGCAAUUGAAAAGAAUUUUCAACCAAAGGGGGAGAUUGCCGAGGAUUUGAAAUCAUUUGCAACAAUAAUGAAACGUAUGUUCCCCGUAUUUAAAGGUGGUUAUACUGCUGAUAAUUUGACGGAAAUUCCAACUCCACACAAGACAUUAACCGACAGGUUUUUAACUAUCGAAGAAAAUGAACCAUUUGGACCAGUAGAUGCAGCAAAAAUACUACACCUUGAGCCGGCUUCAAAAACAUUAAAGAAAUUGACUGAAUUCAACUUGGAGGAAGCUCAAAAACAACAACAAGCUAUAGAAGAUAAAAAGAUUGAUAUUGUGUAUGGUAAAAAGAGAAAAGAUGAGAAUAAAUUAUUUAGGUUUACCAUGAAGAAUGUUGGUGAAUUUGGUCAUCGUUAUGGUGCAUCUAGAAGAGAUAGGAAAUUGGAUAGAGCUAUUGGAUUUGAUGCUGCAGGAAAAAUGAUUUAUUUGCAUCCAGAUCAAUAG